GCUUUGAAGAGGAGCUGGCGGGAGAGGUCUUGUGUGCUGUGCUGUGAGUGCUGCUGCUGCGGGGAGCGGAGAGGAGAGCAUGGGAAACCGUGACCAGAAUACAGUGACCUAUGAUGAUGUGCAUGUUGACUUCACUUGGGAAGAGUGGACUUUGCUGGAUCCAUCUCAGAAGACUCUCUACAAAGAUGUGAUGCUGGAGACCUACAGUAACCUCACUGCUAUAGGAUACAGUUGGGAAGACCAUAAUAUUGAAAAACACCAUCAAAAUUCUAGAAGACAUGAAAGGCAUGAAAGAAACCAUACUGGAGAGGAACCUUCUGUAUAUACUCAAUGUGUUAAAGUCUUUGAAUACGACAGUCAUUUUCAUGGAAGAACACAUAUUGGAGAGAAACCCUAUGAAUGUAAUCAGUGUGGAAAAGCCUUUGUAUGUUCCAGUAGUCUUCAAAGACAUAAAACAACACAUACGGGACAGAAACCCUACGAAUGUAAUGAAUGUUGUAAAGCCUUUGGACAAAAACGUCAUCUUCAAAGACAUAAAAAAACACAUACUGGAGAGAAACCCUAUGAAUGUAAUCAAUGUGGUAAAGCCUUUGGACAAAAAGAGUAUCUUCAAAUGCAUAAAAGAACACAUACUGGAGAGAAACCCUAUAACUGUAAUCACUGUGGUAAAGCAUUAGCUACAAAGAAAAAUCUCCAAUUACAUAUAAGAACCCAUACUGGAGAGAGACCCUAUGAAUGUAAUAUGUGUGGUAAAGCCUUUACCCAACAGGGUUAUCUUCAAAUGCAUAAAAGAACACAUACUGGAGAGAAACCUUAUGAAUGUAAUCUUUGUGGUAAAGCCUUUGCAUUUCCCAAUAACUUCCAAAUGCAUAUAAAAACACACACAGGAGAAAAACCUUAUCAAUGUAAUCAAUGUGGUAAAGCCUUUGUACAACAGGGUGGUCUUCAAAUUCAUAAAAGAACACAUACUGGAGAGAAACCCUAUGAAUGUAAUCUAUGUGGUAGAGCAUUCUCUACACAGAAAAUUCUCAAAUUACAUACAAGAACCCAUACUGGAGAGAAACCAUAUGAAUGUAAUCAAUGUGGUAAAACCUUCUCUACACAGAGUAGUCUCCAAGCACAUGGAAGAACCCAUACUGGAGAGAAACCCUAUGAAUGUAAUCAGUGUGGUAAAGCCUUUGCAUUACGUAGUAGUCUUCAAGGACAUAGAAAAACACAUACUGGAGAGAAACCCUAUGAAUGUAAUCAGUGUGGCAAAGCCUUUGCAUUUCACAAUAAACUCCGAAUACAUGAAAGAACACACACUGGAGAGAAACCUUAUGAAUGUAAUCAAUGUAGUAAAACCUUCUCUACACAGAGAAGUCUGCAAGCACAUAGAAGAUCACAUACUGGAGAGAAACCCUAUGAAUGUAUUCAGUGUGGUAAAGACUUUGUCUAUGCUAGUAGUCUUCGAAAACAUUUGAAAAAACCAUACUGCAAAGAAAUCCGAUAAAUAUAGUCAGUGUUGUAAAGUUUGCAUUUUAUACAGAAAUAAACUUUUUGUGUGCAAUUAAUCCAUUAAA